UAGCAUUUUUAGAAAAUUAAAAAAAAAAGAAAGAAAGAAAGACGAAAGAGUGAAGAUACACCUACCUAUAUAUUCGCUCAUAUAAAUACUCGUUUCACGCUGCCUUCGUAGCUAACUGGCCGCUGCUUCUUCACGAACCGUCCUCUCUCUCAGUUAUCAUCUUCUUCUUCUUCAAGUAAAAGAUGGCCGAGGGUGAAGAGAUUCAACCACUUGUCUGUGACAAUGGAACUGGAAUGGUGAAGGCUGGUUUUGCUGGUGAUGAUGCUCCCAGGGCUGUGUUCCCAAGUAUUGUUGGACGUCCCAGGCACACUGGUGUUAUGGUUGGGAUGGGUCAGAAAGACGCUUACGUUGGUGAUGAAGCUCAGUCUAAAAGAGGUAUUUUGACUUUGAAGUAUCCUAUCGAGCAUGGUAUUGUGAGCAACUGGGAUGACAUGGAGAAGAUCUGGCAUCACACAUUCUACAACGAGCUUCGUGUUGCACCUGAAGAGCACCCGGUUCUUCUCACUGAGGCGCCUCUUAACCCUAAAGCCAACAGGGAGAAGAUGACUCAGAUCAUGUUCGAGACGUUCAAUGUCCCUGCCAUGUAUGUUGCUAUCCAGGCCGUUCUUUCUCUCUACGCUAGUGGGCGUACUACCGGUAUUGUGCUCGACUCUGGUGAUGGUGUGUCUCACACUGUGCCAAUCUACGAGGGUUACGCUCUUCCUCAUGCUAUCCUCCGUCUCGACCUCGCUGGUCGUGAUCUCACUGAUUCUCUAAUGAAGAUCCUCACCGAGAGAGGUUACAUGUUCACCACAACCGCCGAGCGAGAAAUCGUCCGUGACAUCAAAGAGAAGCUAGCUUACGUCGCUCUUGACUACGAGCAAGAGCUGGACACAGCUAAGAGCAGCUCGUCAGUGGAGAAGAACUACGAGCUACCUGAUGGACAAGUCAUCACCAUCGGAGCUGAAAGGUUCCGUUGCCCUGAAGUGCUGUUCCAGCCAUCGCUCAUCGGAAUGGAAGCCCCUGGAAUCCACGAAACGACGUACAACUCCAUCAUGAAGUGUGAUGUCGAUAUCAGGAAGGAUCUGUAUGGAAACAUCGUCCUCAGUGGUGGCUCAACCAUGUUCCCAGGAAUCGCUGACCGUAUGAGCAAGGAAAUCACGGCGCUUGCGCCUAGCAGCAUGAAGAUCAAGGUGGUGGCUCCUCCCGAGAGGAAGUACAGUGUCUGGAUUGGAGGAUCUAUCCUUGCAUCCCUCAGCACUUUCCAACAGAUGUGGAUUUCAAAGGGAGAGUACGAUGAGUCAGGUCCAUCCAUUGUUCACAGGAAGUGCUUCUAAGGACUCUGCUCCCUUCUUCGUGGUGUGGUGAGUCUGUUUACAAGUCUCUUUCCCUAGCUGAUAUGGGAAUUGGAACUAUAUGUUGUUAUGUGGUUCUUUGGAACCUUCUGGAUGUGUCAAGAGUCUCUGUGUACUUUAGUUCUAUCUGUGUCUUUUAUUUCUCUUUAGGAUUCUUGUGAUGCUGUUUUUUUGUCCUUAAGCAAAAAAUAUUAUAUUAUGUUUUGGUCGUUGCUUCA